GGAAAUGUUUUUGUUCAUCCGUCCCUGUUGUCUUGGUCUAGAAAUAUACAUUGUGUUACAGUUGGUCUGGUCAGGUCUCUAAAAAGUAACAUAAACACAGAGAGAGGCAGGAAGAAUAGUUUGGAAGAAGACUCGUUGAUUUGAUCACAAGUUAUUUAAAUCCAGAAAGUUGAUCUGAAGAUUAGAGGAAAUACACAAUCCAUGUUAUCGUCAACCCUCCCUGCCUAGCCUUACGUUUGCUAUUCCAACGUUGUAUAUCUUGUUUCAUAUGGAUUCCUACGACUUUUGAUUGCUUCAAGCAAGUCUUGAUGACCAUGAGUUCAACUGUUUCAACUUCUCAAGGAUUCCUUCCCCAGGCAAGGCAUGGUUCGUUUGAAUCCUCAAAUGUUCUUGCUUCUGGUUCCUUAGGUCAGCCCGAGCUGGAAUCCAAUGGUAGCAAUGAAGUGGAAUUGAUUUCUGCAUCCUGGAACCAGGAUUAUGGCUGCUUUGCUGCUGGCACAAGCCAUGGCUUUCGCAUUUAUAAUUGUGAGCCUUUUAAGGAAACUUUCAGACGUGAUCUCAAAAGUGGGGGAUUCAAAAUCGUUGAGAUGCUGUUCCGGUGCAACAUUCUGGCACUUGUUGGUGCUGAUGCUAAUUCUCAGUAUCCUCCAAACAAAGUUUUGAUCUGGGAUGAUCAUCAGAGCCGGUGCAUUGGUGAAUUUUCAUUUAGGUCUGAGGUUCGGUCUGUGAAGUUAAGGCGGGAUCGCAUUGUUGUUGUUCUUGAGCACAAGUUAUAUGUUUAUAAUUUCAUGGAUUUGAAGCUUCUUCAUCAGAUUGAGACUCUGGCAAAUCCCAGAGGACUGUGCUGCCUUUCUCAUGAUUCAAAUACAUUUGUGUUGGCGUGCCCUGGGCUUCAUCGGGGCCAGGUCCGAAUUGAACACUUUGGGUUGAAUGUCAUGAAGUUGAUUAAUGCUCAUGAUUCUCAUAUUGCAUGCUUGACCUUGACAAUGGAUGGCUUGCUUCUUGCGACUGCUAGUACAAGGGGCACUUUGAUAAGAAUUUUCAAUACAAUGGAUGGCACUCGUUUACAAGAGGUGAGAAGAGGAGUUGAUAGAGCAGAGAUUUAUGGGAUUGCACUCUCUCGGAAUGUCCAGUGGUUGGCUGUAUCGAGUGACAAAGGUACUGUUCAUAUAUUCAGUCUAAGAGUUCGAGUGGCUGGAGAGGACUCAUCCUCUCAUCUGAGCCCUGCUCAGGGCCUGGCAUUGUUAGAACAGAAUUCAUCAUCUUCCCUUGAUGGCCUUAUUUCUCCAAGCACUAGUGCGAAUCCUGGCUCGUCAUUGUCUUUUAUGAGAGGAGUUUUGCCGAGGUAUUUUAGUUCUGAGUGGUCAUUUGCUCAGUUCCACUUGCCUGAAGACACUCAGUACAUUGCAGCUUUUGCAUCUCAGAAUACUGUCAUUAUUGUUGGCAUGAAUGGGAGCUUUUACAGGUGCAGCUUUGAUCCGGUUCAUGGAGGACAGAUGUUGCAGCAGGAAUAUGUCCGCUUUCUACAAACUGAGAGCCGGCCUGGAUAGGGCAGGCUGUUAGUUAUACCUACAAUAUUUAUUCUCCGUACUCUGUAAAUAUGAUUUUAAACAUUCAUAAAUGGUUACACAAAAAUAUACAUAUAACUGUAUAAUAUUCUUGGAUUCAAUAAUCAAGGCUCGAUGACACAA